AUGUUCAAAGCUGCGUUUGUGAUUUUUGCCGCUGCCGUCCCCUGUAUUCUUGGCACCAAGCAGGGGACGGCUUGUACUGGGACCAUAUCUUCUCUGGACGACGUUGAUGACGCUGUUGAAUGUACCACGGUCAACAUUAAUUCGUUCACUGUGCCUGCUGGGGAAACUUUCAAUCUCGACCUCGCUGACGGGACGACUGUGAACAUGGAGGGGGAUGUCAGUUUUGGCAACAAGACGUGGGCUGGUCCGCUGUUCCAAGUCAGUGGAGACUCGGUUACAUUUAAUGGGAAUGGCCACACCUUCAAUGGGAAUGGACCGUUCUAUUGGGAUGGCCUUGGCGGCAAUGGAGGCGUAACGAAACCAGCCCCCAUGAUGAAAAUCAAGAUCUCCGGUACUUUCACGAAUGUGAAGGUACUCAAUUCACCUGCCCGUGUCUAUAGCGUGUCCAAUCCUGGGCCGUUGGUUAUGUCAAAACUAAAUAUCGACGAUUCGCUCGGUGACUUGCCGAAUUCAGCUAGCAACAGACUCGCUGCUGGCCACAACACCGACGGUUUUGACGUCAGCACCACUGACCUGAUCAUAGAAAGCAGCACGAUUCACAAUCAGGAUGACUGCCUUGCUAUCAACAAGGGCUCAAACAUCGUCUUCACUGGCAACACAUGCAUCGGUGGACAUGGCAUCUCUAUCGGAUCGAUCUCCAGCGACGCCGUCGUUUCUGGUAUCGUCAUAUCCGGAAACACCGUCACCAACAACGACCAAGCUCUCCGCAUCAAAACGAAGGCAUCCGCAACAAGUGCCUCUGUCUCGAACGUCACGUACAGCGGGAACACAGGCACUGGCUUGCGCCAAUUUGGAAUCCUCAUUGACCAGAGCUACCCGGAUACCCUUGGAACUCCUGGGACAGGUGUUAAGAUCUCAGACAUCAAUUUCUCCGGUAGCACGACGUCCCUCACUGUAAAUUCCGGCGCUGAUCGGGUGGCUGUGAACUGUGGGGCUGGCGCAUGUACCGGAACAUGGGACUGGGCUUCGCUGAAAGUGAGCGGGGGCUCGGCCGGCCCAAUCGUCAACUUCGACGGCAUCACCAACUUCAGCCAGUGA